AUGCCACAUCAGAAAACGCAUGUCCCCUGUGACGAUAAGGAGGGCCACUAUAUCAUCGUCCCCGAUGACCUUAUCAACAAGCGCUAUCGAACUGUCAGGCUCUUGGGUCAGGGCACUUUCGGCAAAGUCGUCGAGGCUGUCGACGAGUAUGAGAACAAGAGAGUGGCCAUAAAGAUCAUUCGUGCAAUCCAGAAGUAUCGUGAUGCCAGCAAGAUCGAAGUUCGCGUCCUGCAAAAGCUGAAGGAGCGCGAUCCGGAGAACUUACACAAAUGUAUUCAUCUCCUCCGAUGGUUCGAUCAUCGGAACCAUAUUUGCAUCGUCUCUGAGCUGUUCGGGAUGUGCAUCUACGAUUUCUUGAAGGAGAACGAGUUUGCUCCCUUCCCGAGACAGCACAUUCAGUCAUUCGCCAAACAGCUCCUCGGCAGCGUGGCAUUUCUACAUGACUUACAUCUCAUCCACACUGAUUUAAAGCCGGAGAACAUCCUGCUUGUCAAGAACGACUACACGACAGUGCCUGUUCAAGUUGCUGGCAAGCGGAACGCGCCACCUAAGCACAAGAGGAUUCUGAAUUCAACCGACAUUCGUCUCAUAGACUUCGGCUCGGCCACUUUCGAGGAAGAAUACCACUCUACGGUCGUCUCAACGAGACAUUAUCGGGCUCCGGAGAUCAUCCUAGGCCUGGGCUGGUCCUACCCUUGCGAUGCUUUCUCACUGGGUUGCAUCCUGGUCGAGUUCUAUACAGGUGUUGCACUGUUCCAGACGCACGAUAAUCUGGAGCAUCUGGCCAUGAUGGAGCAGGUUAUGGGGAAAAUGCCAGAUCGAUUCGCAAGGGCGGGUGCUCGGUCCAAGCCAGAAUUCUUCAAGGACGGCGCGAAGCUAGAUUGGCCCAAAGCGAAAGCAUCCAGACAGAGCAAGAAAGAUGUCCGAGCAUGCAGAAGCCUUCAGGAAAUCAUACCUCCCACUGACACGCUCAACCGGCACUUCCUGGAUCUCGUGCGGAAGUUGUUGACGUUCGACCCUGCUCAACGCAUCAGUGUCCGGGAGGCUCUCAAUCAUCCUUAUUUCUCUGUAUCUGUUUCGAACGAACUGUAG